GAUCCGGGCUGAGUCCCGGCGAGUGUGGAAACCUGAACGGGAAAGUGGUGUGUCUGAACAGCGGAGGACCGGCGAAACAAGUGCGGCACCUUCAUCGAAAACCUCGGCGUGACAACCCGUUAAAACAAGCUUUAUUUCUCGGACACACCUUGAGCAGGAGGAUAUCAUUUUGUGAGAUCAGUCGACUUCCUGUCCUGUUCCCUGCGGCUGCACCCUUGAGAAAAUGGGGUGAUUGCCUGUGCUUCUUAAAUAAUCCAGUUAACCAACCUGGAACACGCCUCAGGCAGCACUCCUGAUGUCAGAAGACUCAGACUCCAAGCCCUAUCGGUUCCCGGUACUGGAGGACCAGGAUGGGGCCUCAGGAUGCGGGCCAUCCUCAUCAUGCAGCUCCAUGCCUCGGGGGGCUGCGGGGUGCAGCUCCAUGGCCCAGCUGCACCGGAUGAGUGGCUACAGCCAAGGAGGGCCUGACUUAGGCCUCCCAUCAGAGGGCAGUGACAGCAGUGGUCAGGAGCCCUCUGCCUCACCUCACAACCAUCGUAAGAACACUCGCUCACGCUCCCUCCCUGAGGAGGACGUUGAGAUGAAGAGCAGUGGGUCCAGCGGAAGUGGCACUGAAUCACAUGGCAACGAAAGCCAUGGUAAUGAAAGCCAUGGUAAUGAGAGCCAUGGCCAUGAGUCCACGGGCAGCUCCAAUGGCAACAGCAAAGACUCAGCACUUCUGGAGUCUUCUGAAAGCAACAAAAGCUCAAACUCCCACAGUCCAUCUCCUCCAAGCAGCUCCAAUGCUUUCAGCCUUCUGAGCUCGGAGCAGGAUAACCCUUCAACCAGCGGCUGCAGCAGUGAGGAGUCUGCCAAAGCCAAGACCCAGAAAGAGGUGAUUAAAACUCUCAAAGAGCUAAAGCUUCACCUGCCCGCUGAAAAGAGACAUAAUAAUAAGUCCACAACACUGAACACCCUCAAGUACGCCCUGCGCUGUGUCAAACAAGUGGAAGCCAAUGAGGAAUAUUACCAGUUGUUGAUGAUCAAUGACAGCCAACCUUCUGGCCUUGAUGUAUCGUCUUAUACAAUAGAGGAGAUAGACAGCAUUACCUCUGAAUACACCCUCAAAAACAACGACAUUUUUGCUGUGGCUGUGUCUCUCAUCACCGGGAGGAUAGUUUACAUCUCAGAUCAGGCUGCCUCCAUCCUCAACUGCAAAAGAGAUGUGUUCAAAAACUCAAAGUUUGUAGAGUUUCUGACGCCACAAGAUGUCAGUGUUUUCUACAGCUUCACAACACCAUACCGCCUGCCUUCUUGGAGUAUGUGCACGGGAGCAGAGUCAUCGCCGCCUGACUGCAUGCAGGAGAAGUCCUUCUUUUGUCGUAUCAGUGGUGGAAAGGAGUGUGAGGGCGACCUGCAGUACUAUCCGUUCCGCAUGACGCCCUACCUGAUGAAGGUCCAGGACACGGUACAUGCUGAGGAUCAGUUCUGCUGCCUCCUCCUGGCUGAGAGGGUUCACUCUGGUUAUGAUGCUCCAAGAAUUCCAACAGACAAGCGUAUCUUCACCACGACGCACACUCCAAGUUGUGUUUUCCAGGAUGUGGAUGAGCGGGCUGUUCCACUCCUUGGGUACCUCCCCCAGGAUUUGAUUGGCACCCCAGUCCUCCUCCACUUGCACCCCAAUGAUCGACCAAUCAUGCUGGCCAUUCACAGAAAGAUCCUUCAGUAUGCAGGGCAGCCUUUUGACCACUCUUCAAUCCGGUUUUGUGCAAGAAAUGGAGAAUAUAUCAUCCUUGACACCAGCUGGUCCAGUUUCGUCAACCCCUGGAGCCGCAAGGUUUCCUUUGUUAUUGGGAGGCACAAAGUUCGCAUGGGUCCUGUGAAUGAAGACGUUUUUGUGGCCCCAUCCUCUGCUGUGGGAGAGGUGAAGGGCAUGGACUCUGACAUCCAGGAGAUUACUGAGCAGAUCCAUCGACUCCUGCUGCAGCCGGUUCAUAACAGUGGAUCUAGUGGCUAUGGUAGUAUGAACAGCAACGACCAUCUGCUGAGCAUGACAUCUUCCAACGAGAGCCUUAACAACAGCAGUGGGACCAAGAUGCGACGAGAGGAGGAGGAAGUGAACAGAAAAUCCAGACCUCGAACAUUUCAAGAAAUCUGUAAGGGAAUUCACCUUCAGAAGAGUCAGGAGCAGCAGACGGGAAAAUCAGACAACAAGAAAGGCAGCAUCAUAGAGUCUGUACAGAAGAGCUCAGCGGUGGUGCGACCCAAAGACUCGGCUGUUCCUCUGAGCUGGAAGGAGACUGGAUCGAUAACCGAGGAGAGCAGGGCGACAUUUCAGGAGGAUCUUCCUUUUAAUGAUCAGUCUGUCUACUCCUACCAGCAGAUCAGCUGUCUGGACAGUGUUAUCAGGUACUUGGAAAGCUGUAACGUUCCCAUCACCAUGAAGAGGAAAUGCCAAUCCUCAUCUAACACCACGUCUUCAAACUCAGAUGAGGACCGACAAAAAGUAUGCAGUAGCAUGCAGGUGUCUGAAGAACCAGCUUUGAUGAAGGAUCAGUCUGGUCUGUCCACUUUGGGCGAUCAAGACAAAAAGUCCAGUGAUGCAGCUACAGCCGUCGUGGGCACUUCACUGCCUCUACCCGUACCCAACAAACCAGAGAGUGUUGUGUCCAUAACCAGCCAGUGCAGCUACAGUAGCACUAUAGUGCACGUUGGAGACAAGAAACCUCAACCAGAGUCAGAGAUAAUUGAGGACGUCCCAGGAACAGGAGAAACGGCAGAAAGCAGCCCGAACCCCGUACCGCCUCCUUGUGCUGUUUCACCUCCCAGUCAGGAGAGGGAGUCCUACAAGAAACUGGGCUUGACCAAGCAGGUUCUGGCCGCCCAUACGCAGAAGGAGGAGCAGGCCUUUCUGUUUCGCUUCAAGGAGCUUCGCACACACGCGGCUCUGAAAGGAAACUGCUCUGAGUACCUGGAGCGUCGAAGAGAACAGAUUGCCAACGAUGCUGUACCCACUGCUCGGUCCAGUAAGCAGCCUGGACCAGCUGCAGAACCCACAACCCGACGAGGAGUGCGCAAUAAGAAGACCAAAUCAAAGCGAGCGAAGCAGAUCGAGUCCUCAGACAGUACUGUUUCCCAUCACAGACAAAACCUUCGGCCUCCUCUUCUCAACCAUGGCCUUAACCCGACCUCCUGGUCUCCCUCUGACACCUCACAGUCCACGUUCCCCAUGGCCUACCCAACUGUGAUGCCUGGCUACCCCCUCCAGGUUUACCCCAGGCCGAACUCAGUAGCUCCCCACACAGAUACCACAACACCAGACAAUCAGCGUGUCCAGGCCCCCCAGUGCCCCCCACCUAUCCAUCACACACCCUACACCACCUCCAUGGUCACCCCUGUCGUUGCUCUGGUACUGCCCAACUUGUUGUAUCCUCCAAUGGCCCCCGGACCUCCAGUGCCACAGCCAAUGUACCACGCAGACCCCAGCAGCUUCCCCACUCAAGCACCUUUCGGCCACGCUGUAUUUCAAGGACAGAGCACCUUCACUGUGCCGCCCUCUUUCAGUGUACAGAGCCACUUCAGUUCCCAGAACUUUAGUCCUCAUGCAGGUCCACUGACCCCUUCAUUCUACUUCCCUACAUCUGCGGAAACCCCAAAAGGCCCCGUCGAGGGCCAGUCUCGCUCCUCGACGCCACAGUCUGGAGGAGGUGGACGGAAUUCCUCCCCACCACUGUUCCAGUCCCGCUGCAGUUCACCCCUCAACCUGCUGGAGCUGGAGCUGUCUGUGGACAGGCAGGACAGCAUAGGAAUCCCCUCUGGAGGACAAGGGAACAGCACAGCAGAAAGGGAGAAAGGAGCCGGUGGCAACCAGGCCAAGGACAGGGAGCUGAAGCAGCCAUCUCUCAAUCUCCUUGGUCCACCUGGACCCAUGUAUUACGUGGACACGUCCUGUGUCAGUGAGAGUUUGUCUUGGGAUAAAGUGUGCUCUAGGCUGAGGGCUUUCAGCAAUGAGGUGAGCUCACAUGGGGAUGGGAACAACAGUGAUGCAAACUCCUCAUCCAGCGACAUGUUGGACAUAAUCCUGCAUGAGGACUCCUGUUCAGGCACUGGCUCAGCCACCUCAGGAUCCAUGGCAUCAAACGGGUGCGGCACUUCAGCUAGUGGGACGUCCAACAGCGGGACAUCUAAAAGCAGGACAUCAGGCAGCGGAACUUCUGCUAGUGGGACAUCCGGUAGUGGAACAGGAAGUGACAACAGUAGUAAAUACUUUGGCAGUGUGGACUCAUCUCAGAACAGCCAGAAGGUCAAAGGUCAUUUGAGCGGCAUCGAAGGGCGGCCCAUGGAGACGGAGCAGAGCGAACAUUUCAUCAAGUAUGUUCUGCAGGACCCGGUGUGGUUGCUCACGGCCAACACAGAUGACAAAACCAUGAUGACCUAUCAGCUGCCCUCACGUGACAUCCAGAGGGUGCUCAGAGAGGACAGAGAAAAGCUGAGGCAGCUUCAUAAGAGUCAGCCACGCUUCACAGAGGAGCAGAAAAAAGAGCUGAUGGAGGUCCACCCCUGGAUGAAGAAAGGGGGUCUGCCCAAGGCCAUAGAUAUCAAGGUGUGUUCUUGGUGUGACAGCGCCACAGAGAGGGUGACGGCUGCAGUGGCAGAGGAUCACUCAGACCUGGAAAUGGACGAUACAGAGACAGGAGAGGUCAGCUGCCAAAGGAGGCCCAGAGAUGAGCCCUCAAACACUUUUGUCUCGUGCCUCGGCCCCUCUGCUGGCUCCGGCGCUCAGACACAACCAGUCAGACAAUAAACUACUUGAGAUUUGUAAAAUGACUUUUAUUACCCAUAAUCCUCUUGUUCUGUAUGAAGAUGAAGAGCGACCUUUUUAGAGGGACCUACUUUACAAGGAGCACCAGACAGGUGCUUGGCUCUUUACAUCAAAUAAUUUGGAUCCUUCAUUACUCUGUUUUGCAGUUUUAUGAUUUAUCAAUGUUUAAACUGUGGUUGAUACAGUCACAACUUUUUAUUGUUAUGAAGAUAAUGUAUUUUAUUUUUUUAUAUUGCGGUAUCUUAAAACAUAUUUAAGCUAUAUACCAGGCAGGAUUUUGUUGGUGUUUGCAGGGAGUCCUCGCCUCUAGUGACUAAAUAUGAAUAUUCAUUGUUUCUGUUUAGCUUUACUCAUCAUUUUUGCAUAUCAUUGCACAGUACUUGAAAAGUUUAAAACUUACAGAAAGGGAAAAUCAAUUUGUGUUUUCACACUUGGCAGUCGAGGUCAAAAAACUAUGACUACCAGGAGCCUAGCAUCCUUAACUCACACAUCAGGAAGUGGCUCAGUGGAGUAGAAACUCAUGUGGUUACACCGGUGGUCGAAAUCAGAGUUUUGUGACAUGAUUUCCUCAGUUACAACAGCAGAGCUCUACGUCAACAUAUAGAAGCAAGUGGAGAUGUUAACGUGGGUUCGGUUACUUCAGCCACGUAUCGUAACACUAAGCAAACCCACAAAAAUAUGGUGUGUUUUGAAGUGAAAGAAGUGGAAAAACGAGAAUGAGGGUCAUGUACAUCUGCUCUACAUGCACUCAUUCAAGUCUUGUGUUGUAUUAAAUAAGAAAAGUGACUAUCAAAAUAAAUUAAUAAAAAAAAAAUCUAAAGUAAUUUGAUCUUGAAGUAAACACAGUUUUACUCACUGUGAAGAUAGUUGUGACGACCUCUUGGAAAAGCCCUUCUGGAAUGUGGAGUUUGUGGUGUGGGAUUGUAUAAAGUAAACCCAGGAGGAAUUAUUAAUUUAGUGUGUGUAUAAAUAAAAGUCCAAGGACUCUAAAACAAAAUGAGUGCAGUACUUAAAGAACUGCAUUAAAAUAUACUAAUAUAUUUAUGUAGCCACUUCAACCAGUAAUCCCAGUGAUGAAAGGACAGUCAGGUGCUACACUUGAUCAGUAUUUAUUCACAAGCUCAUAAUGUUGUGCAAUUUCUAAAAGAAAUUAUAUCAUUAAAGUAUUGAAAUACCCGCUCUUUCUACCAGAGGACUGUGUUUUGACAUGUGCUUUUGCUUUUCUUUUUGUUUCUUUUUCAUUAUCUCAAAUAUCAGCUGUGAAAGUCUCCCUGGCAAUUGUUUGUCAAAUACAACAUAAUACAUUUUAGUGCUGGUGUGAAUGUCUGUAAUAAGUAAUUUACUCUGAGCAUAUAUAUAUAUAUAUUUUUUAUAUAAAAUAAUAAUAGCUUCUGUAUGGACACAAAUGUUUUUAAGUUGCAAUGCUUAAAAAUGCAAGCAGGACCAACUUUAUUUCUAUUUACUGUAAUUUUUGAAAAUGUGAGUUGUGUGAUCAACAUUGGGGCAGUUCCUACCAUAAAAGACUGGUGUUAUUUAUGAUGAUAAAUAUACAGUGACACGAAUAUCCUUGUUUUCCCCUGUCAGUUUAACAGUGUGCCACGUUAACACUUGUCUGAAGUUGCCCCUCAUAAAAAUGAAAAAAAAAAAAAAAAAACCUGUGGAAGAGGCUGAAGCUCAUUACCGUUCACGACAAAACGUGUGAUCACUUCAGAGACUCAAUUUUAGGGUUAUUGCACGGUAUAAAGCAGCUCAGACAGAUGUCAAGUGACUAUGUGGGGACUUUUCCUUCACUUUGAAGCCUAAACUGUAAUUUGAGACGAAAGAAUCCUAUGAAUAUUGAAUUUGUCAACUGUCUUUCUUUUAUUUGGAGAGACAUUGACAGGAACGCACCUUUAUCUCUCGUUUCUCUCUUUCUUAUUUUUCAUGGAUAAUGCUAUGUUAACCUUUCUCAAAAUAAAAUAUUGUCCAUUUACACUGA